GAGUUGUGUGUGUGUGUGUUUGUUUGUUUUUAAAGCGACGCUUGUUGUUGACAGACUGAAACGUUUGGAGUUUUACUCGAGUGACAUGAAAUACUAGAAUUUCCUCUUUCACUAUGAUGUAGAUGUUGUUCAGCAUGACAAUGUCGAGCUGCAAAACUUCAGAGUUUACGUUCCAGUCUUCAGUGCACAGUACACAUGUACUACGCUGUCUGGAUGAGCAGAGGCAGAAGGACCUCCUGUGUGAUGUGACGGUGGUGGUAGAGAACUGCAGUUUCAGGGCCCAUCGCUCAGUUCUUGCUUCCUGCAGUGAAUACUUCAGCACCCGCAUGACCAACCACACAAGCCAGGGACUCAUCAUCAAUUUACCUGAUGAAGUAACGACUGAAGGAUUUGAACCCUUGCUGCAGUUUGCCUACACCUCAAAACUACUUUUCACCAAAGAGAAUGUGCUGGAGAUCUAUAACUGUGCCACUCUGCUGGGCUUCAAAAACUUGGACAAAGCCUGCUUUGACUUCAUCUUGCCCAAGUUCUUUGACAGCAACAAAGGUUCAUCGAAUUUCCAGAGAAAUGAGUGCUGCAAGAGCAAAUGCUGGAAAGCUAAGGCUGAAUCAAGCUUUAACAAUGAUUGUGCUAAUGAUCCUGGUGAUGUAGCAUCAGCGACUCAGCCCUUGAAGAAUCAGGAACCGAACUGUUCCUCAAAUCCCAGUGAGACGGCAGCGAAAACCUGUAGUCCGCAUCAAGAGACUGAGGCGGAUGCAGAAGCAGAGUCAGACUACUCCUCACUUUGUCCAAAAUACCGCAAGUUUCAGAUCGCUUGUGGGAAAGUCCAGUCUUGUACAGACACAAAUCCAGAGAACAGUGAGAGUACCUGCACUCUAAAAUGCCUGCCAUGCUCCAGCUUUGAAAAAUGUGAGUCUGCAGAUACCGUGUCUAGGAAGAUCUCAACAGGAAUCGCUGAGGAGGAUGCCCUGUCCUUUUGCUGUCCAUUAGCAAAGCAAUCACCAAUUGAAACACCUCCAGAUCUUUGCUCAGGGAAGACAUCUCCACAGAUAUGUCCAGUGACUGCAUCCUGUAGCCUAGGAGGCUCUUUUCCUCCUCCGCCUCCACCUCCAUCUGCUGGAGAAGUGCUUGAAGGCUCUUUUGCGCAGGUCUCUGAUAAAGAGUGUACUGUGUCUGAUUGUAGAACUGGAACUAUUUGUCUGAACUCCAAAAAAGAGCCGAGGAGCAGCGUAGAAAUGGAGGUGGCCAACCAGCUCAGCGCCUGGCCCGACAUUUGCAGCUCCCGUGUCUCGGAGCUUGCUUCAACAUGUGCCCAAGGUGUGGCAACGAAGAGCUCUGAGCUACACUGGUUCAAACAGUUGGAGUGUCCCUUUCUCAGGGAUUUGGGUGCAGUGGAUGCUCAGGUGCGAUGCAGUGAGGCGGCAUCUCGCUCAGCGGAGUGUUCCUACGUUUCCUCCAUUUGUUCAGGAGAGGACUCCGAUAGCUUUGACACUGAGGGGGACAGCGAGUCUUGCACCAGUGACCAAGCAAGUCUGCUUCUUGCACAGAUGCAACUGCCAUUUUCUGUGGAAGGGAUCGUAUCGCUGAGCCGCAACGACUUCCAGCAAAUGCUGAAGACACAGCGGCUGACACAAGAACAGCUCGAUUUUGUGCAUGACGUGCGGCGCCGCGGUAAAAACCGCAUUGCUGCUUGCCGCUGCCGCAAGAGGAAACUUGAUUCCAUCCACAACCUGGAGUGUGAAAUUGAAAGACUGCGGAGCGAGAAAGAGAAGCUGACCACUGAGAAGCGGCAACUGGACCAGAUGAGGCUGAAGACAUGGGAGAAUUACUCAGUUCUGUACGACAGGCUGUGUGCUGAGGCCAAACUGCAGCCUGAGCAGCUACAAGUGUUUGCCAAGUUUACCUCUCUGGCAGAGUGCCCUUUCUCUACCCACCUAUCCACCAAAGCACAGCUCUACAACUGUUCUGAGCCUGAGUGCCAGUCCUUAGCGUCAUGCCUUGGCACUGACACUGGCAUCUAUGAGCCUGGCACCUCCACCAGAUCUGCCAACACUCAGAAUCAAGCAGCUUCUGAUCCCCGACCUACUGAACCUCCACACACAGGGAACAGGGAGACCAUGUCCAUCUCUCCAGACCAAAUUGGUAAACUUGAAAUAGAUAGAUCAUAAGGUGCUUCCUUUUAUAUUAUUUGUAAAUCAGGAAUUUUCCUUAAAAACUUUGUUUACGACACGAAACAAACAUUUCUUGUUGACAAUCAGUGUAUUAUAUUGCUUCUGUAUGUUUGUCUGUUGAUUCUUUUAUGUAUGAAGGUCAGGUUUGUUUCCCCAGUGUUAUAUGAACAUUUUGGUGAACCAAAUGAUUUUUUUAUACUUCUUCUAAGGUAGGGUCCUCGUAAUUACACUCCCUUUGGAAUUUUUCAUCAUAACAUUUCUUGACCAUCCUGAUCUUUCGAGUCCUGAACAGGUAAUUCAAGAUAUUGCAUUACUUAUAGCAGAGGAGCGAGGCGUACAAAUGGUCCAGGUAUAUGUGAAUUUUAGGAUUAUUUUCUAAUGACCAGUAUUGUGUACAAACAAAACUUAGGCUACGUAUAUUGCUUCAACUAACUAUUGGCACAGUUUUGUCUUAAACCAAAUCGAAUGGUAGCGGGCCAUUAUAGGGUGAAAUAUUUUACUUUUUUUUUUUUUUUCUCUCUCAAAUUUGAAUAUACUUGUAUACCUGAUAGGUUGAUUAUGCUUUUACCUCUUUGCAGUUUUCUUGCAAGGGGCAAUAUUACUUAAUUUGUCUUACAAGACAAAUCAAUAAAUUGUUUGAUCUGGUUAACUUCACUAAGCACUGGAUUGAUUCCUUCUUUCAAAAAUGUUAAGGUUAAUUUGAUAAUCAAUUUGAUCAGAAUUGUGUGAAAAUGUGUGCUGUACAGGUAUUAAUGUUCAUUGUUAGCCACGACUGUCCCUGUGUCCGAAAUCGCUCCCUGCUCACUAUAUAGGGCACUAUAUAGCGAGGACGCCAUUUUGUAGUGCUGUCCGAAACCUUAGUGAGGAUUAUUUACACCCUAUAUAGUGCACUCAAAGUAUCCUACAAUGCAUUAUGAAAAGUAGUGUACAACCGAUGGUCACUAACUAAAGCAAUAUAUCCCAUCAUGCAUUACGGUCGCGCUGAAAGAAAUCAAAUUAAAAGUCUCAAAUUUGAUUUAAUAAAAGACAGCGGCAAAGAAGGAAGUAGUCAGUCUUGAUUUAAAAGAACUGAAAGAUGCAGGGGCGGCACGGUGGUGUAGUGGUUAGCGCUGUCGCCUCACAGCAAGAAGGUCC